AGCAGCAGCAGCAUCAGCAGCGUCUGCGCUUGCUAGGCUGAAGCAUCCCGCGCUCGGCUGCUGAAGCAUCAGCGCAACCCCACAGGACAGUGCAGCCAGUCCUGGGACAGACAGCGACAAACAGACACAUAAUUAAGGAUCCUCGAAAUCAGGACCGGACAGCAGCCGCAUUGGAGAGGGACGAAACGUGGAGCUGAGAGCUGAGCUUUGGGAAUUUUUUCAUUUACCUCUCUUUCUCUCUCUCUCUCUCUCUCUCUCUCUGCCGCCUGUCUCUGGUGCUGUCCCUCCCUCCCCUCCCUGCCUUCCUCCCUCUCUCCCCAUCUCGCUCUUUCUACCUCUCUUGCUCUCUCAGUGGCGGAAUGUAGCGGCGCGCUCUUCACUCCGUGCUGCAUCAACGGCUGGCAGGAAGGGAACACUGGAAGCCUGCUUGAGUGGGAGAAUGGAUUUUAUUCCCCCAUCCCAGUGGAUUCUGGACACAAUACCUCCCCCACCUUUUCUAACCUUGCAGUAGCUACCAUUGUUGUCUCUGCUCCUGGAUAUUUGGCUUUUGAUUCCACAGAAACAGCUUGCUUAUCUUUUUGCCCCCCCUCUCUAUCCCCACCACCACCACCACCACCCCACCCCGUAUGGAUAAUGCGCUUAUCUGUAGGAGGUCCUGCCCCAGCAGGGGGACGCUAGGCAUCGCGGCUCUCCGGGACAUGCAGAGCUGAGUCAGCGAGGGCUAACGAGAGCCACGGAACAAGACAUUGAACGAGACAGAAGGCAAACGGCAAGUGAGACGUUCAGAAAGGGGGAUUCUGACAAGCACCUGCUUCUAAAGAAAAAAGCUAAGAAAGCUCUAAAAGGGCGUGAAAUUGGAGGGAUGGUUUUUUCACUGGUGGUGCCAUCUGUUCCGAAACAGGGAUCUGAGGGGCACUAAUAGAGGGGUGUUGCUGCUGCAUCGGGAGCUACCGAGAGCUUUCCUGCACAUACAUCUGCUUUGCUUUCUGCAUUCCUUCCUCUGGUCAGCCCCUGCUCCUCGUCUGGCUCACCCUUGAACCUGGAACCUGCCUGUUUGCACCUUCUGGAACUGGACUAGCGGAUCGUCCCGUGUCGGAUUCUGCAAGCCCUGAUUUUUCUUCUUUCUACCUCCGGAAUUCUACUGGGUGUGUGUACUUGUGUACCUGUGUGUGUGUAUGUGUGUGUGUGUGUGUGUGUGUGUUUGUGGCAUCCUGCACCUGUGCUUUAACCCCUUAAACUCUAAGGAUCCAUCAGUGCGUCCAGAUUUCAGUUCUUCACUUUCAUAUCUAGGUGUCUUGCAUAUUUUCAAUGCAGUGAGAAUUAUUUUGGUUAUGGUUAAGAUUUAAUUAAAACAAUAAGCCCACAGUUUAAGGGGUUAAGGAAUGUUUGUGAGUUCUUGUGCCUGAGUGUGUUUCUGGCCAUCGUGGGAUUGCUUUCUUUUUUUUUUGUCCCGCCCCAAUGUUUGGCGCCUGGAGCUUCCCGUGCCUGCUGAUCUCCCAGCCCAGGGGUUGACCCUCAGAGGGUCAUGAGUGAGAGUUCUGGAGCGGUGACCACCGGCUCGGGGGUGGUAGGAGUGAUCCUGGAGGAGCCCGAGAGCACCGGGGCCUCGGGCAGCCGGCAGCAGGCCCAGGCCCCCGAACGUGCCGGGACGUUGCGUUGUGCCUUGUGGCCCCGGCAGCAGACCUGGCUGUGUGCAGUGCCCCUUCUUAUUGGCUUCAUUGGCCUGGGCCUGAGCCUUAUGCUGCUCAAGUGGAUCGUGGUAGGCUCUGUGAGGGACUACAUGCCCACAGACCUCGUGGAUGCCAAGGGCAUUGGCCAGGACCCCAUCUUCUUGUCCAAGCCCAGCGCUUUCCCCAAAGGAUCAGACACAACCACCACAACCACCACAACUAGUGGGCCAGUUGGAUCCAGCAGCCCCAGUAUCACUACUUCGGUGAGGGGAAAAACUCGAUCUGGGACUCCUCCCAACCCAUCCCAUAGGGGCGGUGGAGCAUCUGGCAGUCAGGUGACUCAGAAAAGCACCACCCAGCGUUCUGGGACACGUGGCCCAACCACCACAGCCUUCACCACCACCUCCAGUGGACGGACGUCCACCUCUAGCCCAUCUCCAUCCAAUCCCACCGUCCUCAAUGACUCCACCCAAAUGUGGACCCGUGAGCAGCCCUCCACCGAGAGGCCCGUUACCACCCCAGCUAGGACCCACAUCAGCCGCAAGACACCGGCCCCUACCCUCCCACCUUUGAAGUCGGAGCACUUCAAGCCCUGUCAGGAGAAGGACCUGGCCUACUGCCUGAACGAUGGGGAGUGCUUCGUCAUCGAGACCCUAAGCGGUCCUCACAAGCACUGCAGGUGUAAAGAAGGCUUCCAGGGCAUUCGCUGUGACCAGUUCCUGCCCAAAACGGACUCCAUUCUGUCCGAUCCCACGGAUCACUUGGGCAUCGAGUUCAUGGAGAGCAAGGAGGUGUACAAGAGGCAAGUGCUGUCAAUCACAUGCAUCGCCAUGGGAAUCAGCUUUCUGGGAACACUCUGUAUGGCUCUCUACUGCCGGAACAAGAGACGAAGGGAAAAGCUCCAAGCCCAUCUGAAAGAAAGCCGCAGCCUGAAGAACUACAGCCUUAGCUCGUCUGGCCUGCCAUGCAAAUCCAGCCUCAGGCCUCAUUCCGGCCUGCAGCUGCAAAACUACUGUAAAAGCACACGGCCCUCCCCGCCACAUGGAGGCUCUGUCCAUGAGUCCAGUUUUGCUGAGACUGCUGCGGCUUCUGCCCAUCCGAGAAUCUUGUCGACAGGAAGACACUACAGGAGUGGCUCCCUCUCAUUCAGUGGCGAACAAAGAAACAAUCGCUCCGCCCUCCGCCUAGCAGCACGCAAAACCCCGCCCAUACCCAGAGGACGGCUCAAUCCCAUUGGAAACUCAAGAGACUCUGGGCCUGCGUACCAGCACCUGCAGGAAACGGACGGGUCGGAGAGGGAGAUGGAGCCAGGAAGAGUGAGCACCAUGAAGUCUGACGGCAACCUGCAUCAGGAUUCCUUCCACAAUAUGCAAGCCUCACACUCUUCUCGGUCAUGGGGAGGCCACUUGGACCAGGGUUCUUCAAGGAACCUUUGCUCCUCCAUCCCUGGAAAGUGUUCUCCUGUUCCAUAUCGGCCAUGCUCCAUCCCCAUCAUUCCCUCCGUCCACUCGCACCAAGACGAGGCUUCCUGUAUGCAGACAGCCACCAUGAACGGAAGUGGAGAGAGAUCUACUCCCCAAGAGAAAGAGGCCGCCCAUCUGCUUGAGGAGGCGCAGGAGCAGCUCCGAGCGCUAGCCCAUGCCAACAAGAAGCAGGAGGAUGGUAUGUUCCCCGUCCCGCAAGGGGCCAGAGAGACAGUUUGCAUUCUUCUCACCAACGGAGGGGGAAAUGGAGGCGUGCCCCCCAGCGGACCCACAGAGACUCAAUUAGUGGACCCCAGAGACACGCAUAAAGACUCUCAACAGCCCAGUCAAUGAGAGGGUCGUACAUGGACCAAUCGCCAAACACACCUUGCAUCUCCAGAGCAAGGCCGCAGAAUGUCCGGCCCAAAUGAAUGAGUGAAUGAAUGAAUGGAAAUCGAUGAAUGAAGAGUGUAAAACACUUUGAAGGCCUAAUGUGGGGUUUGUGAAAAACAUGGGGGGAGUGACCGUCUCGAAAUUCAAAAAUCAAAAGAUUAUUAUUUAUAUGCAUUUAUUAAAGGAGAAGCUUCUACUUAGAAAAAAAAAAUACCAAAUAGUCUGUCAUCUCUAUGGUGUUUUUAAUUGUAUAAAAUAUACAUAGAUCUAUAUAAAUGGCUAUAAAUAUAUCGAAAUUAAAAAUGGUGACCAAGUACGCGAAAAAAAAAAGGAAAAUGGGAAUGAUUCAGAACGUUCUUUUUGUACGGACUCCUCCACGUCUUGCAGGCUUGGACCGUUUAUUAUUCUUCUUAUUUUUUGCACCUCUGUCCUGGAAAUUAAGCUAAGGCUCCAACAGUUUACCGGCACAUCUUAACCACCGUCCCUGACUUACCCUGCCAAGGAACAUGUUUCAUUCUGCCUUGGAAACAACGCACCGCUUUCACAUAUGGACACAGGAUUUGACAGAACUAAACCUAAACAAACAAACAAAUGAGACAUAGAAUCUGACAGUGGAACACUGCCUCAAGACUUCAGGAGGAACAGACAGAUCUGUCGCUCAGUUUUAUGGAGUAGUAUGCUGUCCAGGUUCUGUUUUAUUUUUCUUUUUUUCUGUUUUUUUUUUCUUUUUUUGUACUUGAGUGUGCUUUCUCCUCCGUCAGUAUGGAUGGGAGCGAUGCGUCAUUCGAAGAAGAACAGCCUGGGCAGGUCCAUCCAUCUUGAGUUUGAACUUCGGAUGGAGUAGAAAGUAUCA